GAAUGUGGCAGUGCGCUCCAUUUCCUAUCAUGUGACUGGCGGUCAUAUGAUUUUACAAUUCGCCACUGAAUCACGUUACCAGUGGAGGUAGCUUUUCCUAUGUGGGCAUGCAGGGUGAUAGGAAGAUGGGUAGAGCCUGGAAGAUUAUUUUCUUCUCUCUGCUAUGGAGCUCCUGCCUGGCGUUGGAGGGAGGGAUGUUAACUCCGAAGGAGUCCCGCUCUAGAGAGAUCAAGGAGCUGAACGGAGUGUGGAUGUUUCGGGCAGAUUUUUCAAAAACCAGGAACACGGGGUUCGAACAGCGGUGGUUCACAAGAAGACUUUCCGAGAGUGGCCCUGUGAUUGACAUGCCUGUCCCUGCCAGUUUCAAUGACAUCACCCAGGACCCCAGACUGCGGGAUUUCAUUGGCUGGGUGUGGUAUGAGAAGGAGGUGUGGGUUCCUCAGCGCUGGACGGCCGUUGAUUCAGGACAGCGCGUGGUUCUGCGCGUUGGCAGCGCUCACUAUAACUCCAUUGCUUGGGUAAACGGAGCUCAGGUUACACAGCACGAAGGUGGGCACCUCCCUUUUGAAGCUGACAUUACCCGGCUGGUUCAGAGCAACCCAAGCCAGCCCUGUCGCAUCACCAUAGCAGUGAACAACACCCUGAGCCUGCACACGCUGCCUCCGGGGAGCAUUCAGUACAUGAGCGAUGAGACAAAGUACCCCGCGGGAUACUUUGUUCAGAAUACAAACUUUGACUUCUUUAACUAUGCUGGACUUCACCGGCCAGUCCUUCUGUACACUACACCCAAAGCAUACAUAGAUGACAUCACAGUUACAACAGACUUUGCAGACAGUACAGGAGUGGUGAACUACGUGGUGUCUAUCAAGGGAAGCUCAAACCCUUCCGUGAUGGUGGCUUUGUCUGAUAAAGAGGGUAGCGUUGUGGCAACAGCCAGUGGACCUGCUGGAAUGCUUAAAGUCGUUGAUGUGAAUCUUUGGUGGCCCUACCUGAUGCACGAAAACCCUGGAUAUUUGUACUCCCUGGAGGUGCAUAUGACUGCUAAAAGUGGCAGCUCUCAGUAUGAGGACUUUUACACAGUGCCUGUAGGAAUCCGCACAGUCCGGGUCACGAGCCAUCAGUUUCUCAUCAACAGCAAGCCUUUCUAUUUCCAUGGAGUCAACAAGCAUGAAGAUUCAGAUAUCAGAGGGAAAGGUCUUGACUGGCCGUUGAUUGUGAAGGACUUCAACCUUCUGCAGUGGCUGGGAGCCAACUCCUUCCGCACCAGCCAUUACCCGUACGCAGAGGAGAUUCUGGACAUGUGCGACCGGCUUGGGAUUGUGGUCAUUGACGAGUGUCCUGGAGUGGGCAUCAAGGACAUCCGGAGUUUCGGGAACGAGUCUCUCGCCCACCAUUUGAUUGUGAUGGAGGAGCUUGUUAGACGGGACAAGAACCGCCCCUCAGUCGUGAUGUGGUCCGUUGCGAACGAGCCCAACGCGGAGCUGGCCCCUGCUGAUUACUACUUCAAGUCUGUGAUAACCCACACCAAGUCUCUGGAUCCCACCCGGCCUGUGACCUUUGUGUCGAACAGCAACUUUAAUCGAGACAAAGGUGCCCCGUAUGUAGAUGUGAUUUGUGUGAACAGCUACUUCUCUUGGUACCACGACUCGGGACACCUGGAGGUCAUUCAGAUCCAGCUGAACACUCAGUUUGAGGAUUGGUACAAGAAGUACCAGAAGCCGAUCAUUCAGAGCGAGUACGGGGCUGAUGUCGUCCCGGGGUUACACAGCGAUCCUCCCAUGAUGUUCACUGAAGAGUAUCAGAAAAUUGUGCUGCAAGAAUACCACGCCGUCUUUGAUCGGAAAAGAAAAGAAUAUGUCGUAGGAGAACUUAUAUGGAACUUUGCUGAUUUCAUGACCGCUCAGAGCACAACUCGCGUUGUUGGGAACAAAAAGGGAAUCUUUAGCCGCCAGAGGCAGCCCAAGACAGGAGCCUUCAUCCUGAGAGAUCGAUACUGGAAACUAGCGAAUGAAACAAGGAGACUUCCCCUUGCAGCCAGAUAUCCCUAGAGAUGAGCCCCUGGCCAGACUUUCACUUCACAUCUCAGCAGUGUACUCUGUGCCUUACUGCUUCUGAUCUGAAGCCCAGAUACAACAUCUUUUAAAAUACAUUGUAAAAUAACCAGUUUUUUACUUGGAGAUUACAGUGUCACAGUUUUUUUGUAAAACAUGUGUGCUAGAUUGUUUAAGCUGCUAGAAAUGACCUCAUCUGUAAUUUAUUACAGGCUCCUAACUGAGCCCUUUAUACAGUUGAACAUUUGUGCUGCCAAAACAUAUAUAAAAAUGUAUAUAUUAUUUUUUUUCCCCCACAGAAGAGCUGAAAAAAAAUGUUUUUUUUUUUUGUUAUUUUUUACAGAAGCGCUGAAUUUAUUUAUUUUUUUUUCUUCUGAUGUUUAGAAUUUUUUGGGAUAUUUUUCAAAAUUAUUAGCAGUAAAAAUAAAAUAAAAAAAAAUGAUAUUGUAAUAUAUCCAACAUUUAAAUCGUGUAUGAUUGUUACUUUUCUAGUCAACAGGUUUGUAAGACCUUCUGUAACAUUUUUAAUAAAGAAUACUGAUGUUUCUGACAAGUGUU